CGCUUGGUUACGGUGGAGCGCAGCGUUAGUUGACAGGGCGCCUUAGCAACUCGGGCGCGCGGUAUUGAGCGGUAAAAGGCGUCGUUACGAUGCUCCUCCGGGGCGCCCGGUGCCUGGUGAUGUUGGCAGCGGUGGGGUUAAUAACUCAGACGGAGGCACAGUCAGUUAUAGGUUUCUAUCCUUCCACAGUCCUUUUGUCUGGACCACAAAUGACAACUUUCCUUGUUUCAAAUGUAUCCUCUGAUCAGUUAUCUCUUGAAGUCAUUGACAGUACAGCUUCUGUACCAUCUCCAAGUUGUAAUGGAUCAAGUACCACAGUGAACUGGUUGUCUAGUCUGGAAUCCUUUGAUGCUGGGACACAAAUUGUUAUAUCUAAAAUUAUGGUGACUUACAGAAAGAAUCUUACCUUAUGUUCAGGCAAUGAAACAAACUGCUGCCAAGAGGAUAAGUGCGUUGUGGAAACCCUUCAAGUCACCGCCUGUGAGAAUCAACGGACCAUUGCCAGCAUGGUUAUGCAUGCAGAAAUUUUUAUCAAUACCACUUUUGUAGGAAUUGUUUCAGAUAAUAAAACUGUGAUACCAAACCAAGUGUACCAACCACUAGGACCCUGUCCCUGUAAUCUUACGGCUGGGACUUGUGAUGUCCGCUGCUGCUGUGAUCAGGAGUGUAGCACAAGCAUGAAAGAGCUUUUUAAUGGCUACUGUUACUCUGGUGUUUUCGGUGGAAAUGUCUCUCCACCUUUUGACCAGCUUUGUAGUGUUCAGGAAAAGAACCGUGCCCCUGACUGGUUUCCAUUCCUGUGCGUCCAGUCUUCCAUGGACAAUUCCCCAUUUCUGGGCAAUUUCUACCAGGGGUACACUGGAUCACCCUCCCAGACUUUAUCUUUUGAUGUAAGCUUCCAGUCUAUUUAUCAAAAUUCCCUCAAUGGUUAUAAACAAGGAGAUCCGAUAUUAAGAGAUCUAAAUGGGUUCAAUGAAUAUCUCACAAUUCCACAGCAAUCUGCUAUUGGGACAUGCAUGAGAUACGCACCAGUGGCUUAUCUUCAAGAUUUCAGUGCUACGUGUGCCACUGAUAUAUCUGUGUGCUCAGAUGCUUUAACAUUUCAGUUGGAUGGUGUGAAGGUUAAGGAUGGCAGCGGAGGUACAAUUCCUCUUACAGUAACACUUAUAAACACUACACAGGAUAUUCUUCCUACAGGACCUGUCUUAGCACAAGCUUUGCAGUGUGACGUGAAUGUGUCAGCAGACUACGUAUUUAUAUGGGAAGCUAAUAAAAUAAAGGAAAUCCAGGUUACUGUUGAGACUGCUCGUAUCACUCUUACUCACCAAGCAAAACUACCUCAAAGAUUCACAGCUACAUUUCUCACCAGCAAUAGUACACCAGAUGUCCUCUCUGGCAAUCCAGGCUAUCAAAUUGGAAAACCUGUAAUAGCUGCUAAUGGGAGUGCACCAUUUACCAAGAGCACUAUUAAUGUCUGGAAACCAGUUUCGGAUAGCUCAUGUUCUAGUAUCACUCGGACUCCUGUUCUCUUUGGAGAAAAUUCAUAUUCUGGAUGUCUCCUUAAAGUGGUCAAUGAAAACUGCACACAGCUAAGGGAAAGUGUACUGUCCUGGUUUCAGAAUUCACUACUCUCUGUCAGUUACAUAUCAAUGAGAGGAAACUCAAAUGUCAGUGACCCAAGCGAAUGGGUAUCAAUAAUAUAUGAAGAACCCAAUACAACAUGCACCGAGAACUGCAACACAGCAAAUAUAAUGUGUUUAAAGGUGCCAUCAAACAUUAAUAUUCAGGUUUUAACUGCUGUGACGGGCGCUGUCGAGGGCAUUCCGCAAGAAGAGAUCCUGGCAGCUAAAGUUAGCUUUUCAACGGUUAAUGUGGAUUGCGUGUCUGCCUGUAACAUGUCACUUCUUCUUAUGGCCUCUGUGCAAUUUAUCAGAGUACCAGCCCAGGCCCCUUUGAGCAUCACAAGAUUUCAAAUGGAGAAUACAGAAUAUGACUGUGAGAAGAAUGAUGUCUGCUGGCAGCAGCUUGCUUAUCCACUAACUAAGUAUUACACAGGUGAACCACAACAUCUGACUUUGGCUAAAGGAAUGAUUCUGGUUUUCUUCUUCAUAAGUGCUGCAGUCCUGGGAGCACCAUGGAACAGAAUACGUAAAACAUUUAAUCAAACUACUCUUUGAAAGACUCUUACAGCAAAAGAAAAACAUAUUCUAAGGGCAGGGUCACACAGGGCACAUCCGCAGCAUAUUAUACACUGUAGAUGCGCUGACGGCAGUGACAGAGGGACUACAGCUUCUGGCUGCGGCUGGGUAGCUCUGUGUGUUUUUGCUCGUAGCGAAAACUUGUACAGUGGGAAAUCCGCCAGUGGACACCGGGAGCUCUCGCUGAAGCCCCUCUGUGACUGCCGUUGGCGCAUCCGCAGUGUGAAAUAUGCUGCGGAUGUGCCCUUUGUGACCCUGCCCUAACAGACUAUUGCAGUUGGUGGCAGAUCCUACUUUUGGAUGCCUGAUGGGGCUGUUGAUAGGGAAUCUGUCAGCAGCUUGAAACCUUUUAUAACUGCUGACAGCCUUAUUCAGAGUUCGGGAGAGGAGUAUAGUGAUGCUUUCUUUUUCAAUUGUGCAACAUGAGAAAAAUACUUGAUAUGGCUAACCUGGCCGCUCCUUUCACAGGUGAUUGACCCCUCAAGUAAUCUUCUGAUUGGACACUACAACUUACACUCCUACUCAAACGAGAGCUCAGGGCAUGCCUCCCUGGCACCUGCUAUAGCAGUGGCAGUGGAUGCAAAACCAAGACUAGUUAUCAAUAACCUUCUCUCUACGCCCCCUGUGUAUAGUGCUGUCUCAAAACUGCUGACACAUACCCUUUUAAGAUAAUCUAGCUACUCCAUGUCUUCAAGACAUGAUCAUCUUUUUCAUUGCUGUGGUUCUUACAGCACGUAUGACCAGCAUAAUAUUUAUGUUGUAAAUACUGGAUUUGCAUUCUUGUAAUUAAAAAUAAUGAAAUAAUGGUGUAAAUAUGUUUACUAUUUGAAAAAGAUUUGUCAUUUUUUUCAGAUACAAAAAUGUAUUUUUAACAUGAUUUAUAAAAAUGGAUGUCUGUCUUUUUUUGUCUUCUAUU